AUGGGAUGGGGACAGCCGUUUCAGUCGCCCUGUAGUCACCCAGUCAAUCCCAGCGGCGACAGUGAAGGCAGUGGCAGUGCAGGCAGCAGCACAGCGGAUCCGAUUGUCAGCAGCUGCUGCAACGUGUGGGACCUGCAGUCACUUGAGCAGCGCAUUCUUAGGGCAGCCAAGCCGCAAGCCGCCGAAUCACACACAGGCGCGCAAGGGAGCCCUCCGUCCAUUGUGUUGCUAGACUCGCUGGACCCCUUCCUGCGCCACAACACGCCAGCAGCCCUGCUCGCCAUGAUCGCACGACUGCAGUGGCAUGCCUCAGUCUCAGGACUCCUCCUCCUCUCCCAUGCUGACGUCACCCCGCCAGCUGUCACCUCCUCCUUGCGCCACAUGGCGCACGCACUCCUCUCCCUGGAUCCACAUCCCGGCCACUCCCUCCUCCCUCUCUCCCUCCUCCUCUCCUCUCCAUCACUCCCUCAUCCCUCCUCUUCUCAUCACCCAUCGGGAAACUCAGUUGUCACUUCUGGCAUGAGUAGCUCUAGCAGCAGCACAGCUGGCACUGGUAAUAUCGGUGGGAGGGGCAGCAGCGGCAGGAGCGAGAGUGGUGGCAGCAUGGGUGUGGAAAGUAUGGGAGAGCGGCACGUGCUACCGGGAGGGAUACUGGUGUUGCAGCAGAAGAGGGCUUCGGGGAAAUUCCGAACUGCGCUUGAGGAGUUUCAUUUCGACCGGCAAGGAGCAGUGCACAUCAGCGCACAGACCAAGGGUUUUGUGCGCACACCGCAACCACCCACCGCGCCCAGUGAAUCUCCUGAGACCGCGCCUCAACCCACAGUCGCUAGCGACAGCAGGAGAGACACCUCUAAAGUACCUCCUGCAAACGUAUCCCUGCCAGAGCAGCAGCCUGCAGAGGGGGCACACAGAGGGGCGACAGGGAGAGGGGAGGCUGCAGGCGUGGAGCCGAUCAGGACGAUUGGAGAUCGGGCGCCAGAGGUCUCGUUCCGCUUAGAGCUGUCUGAGGAGGAACGGGCUGCAAGAGAGAAAGUGGUGCUGCCUUAUGAACACCGAGGCGAAACUGGCCCAAUCAAGAUAUACGACGGGAGAAGGAGCCUUGCGCCAAGCCACGUCAAGGAAACAGCAAAGGCUCAUGGAGAGUUUUCGGUUGGUGGUGUAUCGGCUCGUAUGGUGGAACUUGCAGUGGGAGGCACUGCGGGCGAUUGGAGCGAAGGUGGAGGUGGUGGUUUGAUUCAUUAUGAGCGCGAUUCGGAUGACGAAUACCCAGAUUCGGAUGAAGACCCCGAUGAUGAUCUUGAUAUAUAG